UUUUCCCUUUUUCAAGAAUCCAUGAUGUGUGGGCAUCUCAAACCAAUAAAAUACACAUUUCAUUUGGAACACAACUUAGAAUUUUUCAUUGGUAUGCCUGAUGGUUGGAGGCAGUUCUUUCAAAGAAAUUGUCAAUUGUGAAAGUUGUCUGUAUUAUUAUGUAGACUUGAAACCAUCCAAACCAGAGAAGGCAAGAAAUGGCGUUAAACCUAAAUUGGAGGCACAGACCAAAACUAAGAAGGCCGGCAAAGGUUCCAGCAUAAGAUUAGCGGCCAUUGUCUUCACCAGCAGCCUCGUAGCAGCAGUGGCAGUUUUCUACGUCAGUCCUGAAGUGCAGCAUGUUGUGGGUGAGGUGAUAGCAAAAUAUGUCCAUGAACUCUUCCCUGGACACUUUUCUUCUUGGGACAAGGGUGAAAGUGUUGAUACCAAAACAGAUGCCACAGGUGCUACAAAUGACAAAACCGAUGUUCCCAGUCCAGGAUGGAAAGAGUCUUCAGGGAAACCAUCCCAGAAGGAUACAAAGGAUCAAGAAUUUGAGAAAGACUCCCCUGAAGGCAAGAAAGAUAAAAAAGAUGAUUCUUCCCCAAGGAAAGGGAAGACAAGGGAAGAAAAGUAUAAAUCUGCUGACAUCAGCAAAGGAGAAACUCAGGGAAGUAACCCAGGGGAGGGAUUGAAAGAAUUGCGCAAAGAGGAAGACAAGAAGAGGGAAGUAAGGAGUGAGGAGGGUGACCCCCCUGCACGAGGGGCCAGCAAGAUGGAGAGACAGAAGGUGGAGGACGUGUAUGCCAAGGCUGACAUCACCAGUGCUGGUGACUUCCGGAUCAGGAAGGAUCUGGAUCAAGUGGACGCUCUGCUGGAACAGAACAAGGUAGAUGAGGCUUUGGCUGAAUAUAAUGAGAUCCUGGACAGCAACCCCGUGAGUCCGAGAGCGCUGUAUGGCCGAGGUGUGGCCCUGGACAGGCUUGCCGAACAGCGUCGCAGCAAUGAGAUAUUGGAGAUGUGCAUGGUAGCGUUUGAAAAGGUGUUGAAAAUACCCGAUGUACCAGACCAGUUGUUUAAGAUAGUUGGACGGCGACUAGCAGACAGGCAGCAAUUUAGAGGCUAUAGUCCCCGAGCUGCCAAAACAUUUGAGUUGCUGACAUCACGCUUCCCGACCGACAUCACGCUGAUGAAGGAGCUGGGAGUGAGCUACCUGAUGAUAGGCCAUAACCAGGAUGCCAAACAAGUCUUCUCAAAGGUGCUGAAGCUGGACCCAAAUGAUGGCUUUGCACUCGUCCAUUUUGGAUUUAUUCUGAAGACAGACGAGAAGAAUCCUGUUGAGGCAGUUCCAUACCUGGAACGUGGACUGAAGAGUGCAGCUAAGGGGACCCGUGAUGGCCGUUUCUAUUACCAUCUUGGUGAUGCACUGCAUAGACUCGGGAACACAGAAAAGGCUUACAGAUAUUACAAGCAGGCAGCUUCCUUGGGUCUGUUUCUCUCUCCGUACCAACGAUCACUGUACAACGUAGAAGACCUCAAAUCUCAUCCUUGGUGGACACCCAGAGAGACCGGCCUUGCUCAACACCUGAAGGCACUACAGCAGCACUGGCAGGAGAUCAGAGACGAGGGACUACGGCAGCUCAAUGUUGAUACCAGCAGAUUUAUUUUUGAAGAUGAGAAUCUCCGAGAAAAGGGCGAGUGGAAACAGUUCACUCUCUAUACUCAAGGGAAGAAGAGUCAGAAGAACUGUGAGAAGGCCCCUGUGACGUGUUCCCUGGUGGACAAGAUCCCGGACGUCCGGGACUGUACCCGGGGACAGGUGAAGUUCUCCGUGAUGCAGCCAGGUGUGCAUGUCUGGCCUCACUGUGGGCCCACGAACUGUCGGAUCAGGUCCCACUUGGGACUGGUGGUUCCCCCUGGGCCACGCAUCAGAGUCGGUAACGAGACCAGAGAGUGGGAGGAAGGCAAGUUCAUAAUAUUCGAUGACUCGUUCGAGCAUGAGGUGUGGCAUGACGGGGACAGGUUCCGACUGGUUCUUAUCAUGGACUUCUGGCACCCUGGUCUCUCGGACGACCUCAAGUGGAAACUGGCACCCAUCUAACCCCACAUCACUGGCGAAGAAACAGCAGAAAAAAUAAUUGGUCACAACAUGUUUAUCAUUUGGUUAUCAUAUUCGUCCAAUGAAUGGACCUUGCAGCAUUCUCUUAUAAAAAUACUAAUUUAUCUUUAAGAUAGAAUCAGAAAGUCAUUUGUUCAGUAUAUAUGUCUUAUACUCAUGUUUUAAUUUGUAUUUUACAACACAUGAACAGACAACAGGUCAUUAAAUUUGGCUUUUUGGGGCACUUAUUUUUCUUCAUCUUGAAAGAUAGGAUUUUCAUUCCAGGAGGAAUUUGAUAAUGGGUCUUGGUAAUUCCACGGAACAAAUUUUUGUGGCCUUAUGAACAUCAUUGUAAGAAUCAGAUGCUUGAUAGAGGAGGCAGGGCGUGAGACGGUUGCAUCAUCGUGUUGAUUUGAGUUGGGGAGAACCUAUCUAUAUAAAUGGUUUGAGUUACUAAAAGGGUCCUGCUCACUGACCCCUAAUCUCAUCUGAAAAUAUUAACCAUUUCACCUAUCACUGGUUCUUAUGAGACACCCAUCUGACUUACUUCUGAGAACUUUGGCCAUUAUUGGGUCAAAUAUGGUAUCAAGAAAUGCUUUUAACAUUUAUGCCUCUUCCUUGCCAGAAUCAGGUACGUUCAUUAUCAGUCCCAUCAAAUCUAAUUUAAAAUGGAAUUACUCAUGGAUAUACCUGUAUGUGAUUUUUAAAUAAACUAGUCAUCAACAAAAA